AUGGGUAUUCCAAUGGAUUUAUACAGGCAAUCCUGUAAAAGGAGGUAUUUGGACUGUCCACAAAUAGUCAAAGACAGACUAUGGAAUGAUAUGCGUCGCUCAACCAAUACGGCUCACUCACUGUCCUCGUAUCCAUUGGGUUGGAAGAUGUGUUUCAGAAGACGCAUUCACGUGAACGCACCACAGUUUUUCUAUAGCUGCAAUGAGUUAUGUUGGAUCGGAGUCAAUGGGACACGGUUGACGAUCUACCAUGGUGAAAGCAGGGGAGACCUAGAACUACCAGAUGCGCAGGUCAGAUGCGUUGGUUGCCAUCAAUUAGAUGACAGUACGAUAUACGUUUAUGUGGGGACCAGUAGGGGUGUUUUCAGAGGUAUUUUAAAUGGAGAUUCAUUCACCUGUCCAAUCUGGAAAGUGAUACCAAUGGGUGGAUGUUUAGCAUUAGAUGCUUCAGAUGCUCCUUCUCACCUUGUUGCGCUUAUGGAAAAUGAUGGUGUUGUAAUUUCAUGUUCUGAAGGUGUAUUUAGAUUAAAGGAACCUGUCAUCAACAACGGAAACGAAUCGUACCCAGCCGUAGAUGUUUCAAGAAAUCAACUGGCAAUAUCUACAUGGCAAGAGAGAUUUGAUACCAAUAAGAAUUUCGACGCUACUCCUUUACUCUUCCCAGAUGAAAGUGUGUUGCAUGUCAAGUGUAUGAAUGACAGUGGCAUUCUCCUGCAUACAAAUCAAAGGCUAGUUGUUAUUCAGCCUAAUCAAUUACAGCCGAUUACCACCAAUGGAUGUACAUGUUUUCACUAUGACGGUCACCAUAUCUACACAGUCGAGCAGCACUUGUACGGCACAUGUUUUACGAUCUACGAAAUGGACGGUAUCGAGGAUAAAUGGUGUCAAGUUGGAUACUAUGAUAUCAGAGCUACGUUUGGCAUAUCAAAAGUACUAGGUAUGAACGUUUCUGGGAGUACAGUAGAACUGUUAAGUGAACGCAAUCAGCUAUACAGGUUUGAAAUCCAGUACACGUGA